AUGAACAUGAACAGCAAUAGCCUUAACAUGAACGUUGAGUUAUUAACGCAACUACGGCAAGGAACCUUUCUGUUUAUUGUACUUUCUGUCACUCUCAUCAUCGUGUAUUUCGCAAGAGAUUACCUAAUCCGAUCCAUGAAAACAUCAAAGGGACGAGAGCUACCUCCAGGACCCUUUCCAUUUCUUGUACUUUUUAUCACUCUCAUCAUUGUGUGGUUCGCAAGAUAUUACCCAAUACGUUCCACGAAAAUAUCAAGGGGACGAGAGCUACCUCCAGGACCACGUGGAUGGCCCAUGGUCGGGAACUUGGUCGGACUGAUCACGAACCGGUCUGUUCAUACGUGGAUCCACUGUGUCAUGAAUGAGAUGCAGACAGAGAUUGCAUGUUUUCACUUCGGCAAUGUCCACGUCAUCACCAUAACGUCCGACCAGAUUGCCCGAGAAGUCCUUAAGGAGAAAGACAGUGUUCUCGCCGAUAGACCUGAGUCAUACUCAGCCUCACUAGUGAGCAAUGGCUUCAAGGCUCUCAUUUUCUGCCAUUACGGAGAUCAAUGGAAGAAGAUGAGAAGAGUGAUGACGUCAGAGUUGAUGUCACCCGGAAGACUGAACUGGUUACUUGAUGCAAGAACCAUGGAAGCCGAUAAUCUCCUUGCCUAUGUUCACACCCUUUACAAACAGUCCGAGACGGUAAACGUUAGGGAUAUCGCGAGGACAUAUGGCUAUGCUGUGAUGAUGAGAAUGAUGUUUGGUCGGAGGUAUCUCAAGGAAAUGUCCACAGAGGAUAUUGGAAGCUUGGGACCAAUGGAGAGAGAACACGUGGAUGCUAUAUUCCAUGCGUUGGAUUGUACCUUCAGCUUUCAGAUAUCAGAUUUCAUUCCCUGUCUAAGGAGUUGGGGUUUGGACAGGCAUGAGGAAAAGGUAAGAGAAGCCAGUGAAACCAUUGAUAAGUACAACGAAGGAAUUAUUGACGAGAGGAUUGAGAUAUGGAGGGAUAGAGAAGAAGGGAAGGAGGGUGUCGGAGAUUGGCUCGACAUCUUAAUCUCGCUAAAAGAUGCCGAAGGGAAGCCACUGUUAACACCUGCAGAUAUCAAAGCUGAAUGCAAGGAUAUUUGUGUUGCAACGAUGGAUAAUCCAGCAAACAAUGUGGAAUGGACACUCGCCGAGUUGUUAAAUCGACCCGAUACUCUUAAAAGAGCAGUCGACGAACUCGAUAUAGUGGUUGGAAAAGACAGACUUGUGCAAGAAAGUGAUAUACCGAAACUCAACUACAUCAAAUCUUGUUGUCGAGAAUCUUACAGACUUCAUCCCGUUGCUCCAUUUUUACCCCCUCAUAUAGCUAUAGAGGACACAACCCUCGCAGGUUACUUUGUCCCCAAAGGCAGUCAUGUGAUGGUGAGUCGGGUCGGGCUAGGUCGGAGCCCUAAGAUAUGGGAGGACCCUCACGUCUUCAAGCCGGAGCGCCACAUCAGCAGGGACGGGUGCUCGGAGGAGGUGAGUCUUAUGGAGCCAGAGAUGCGGUUCGUGACGUUCAGUACAGGUCGUCGAGGUUGCAUAGGUGUUAAGAUCGGGACAUACAUGACGGUGAUGUUGUUGGCUAGGCUUCUCCAAGGGUUCACUUGGAGCCUCCCUCCGGAUCUGGGUCGGGUCGAGCUCGUGGAGUCGGUGACCAGCUUGCUCAUGGCUAAGGCUCUGGUUCUGUCCGUGGAACCGAGGUUAGCUCCGCAUAUGUACCCGCAAUUUCGCAGCUGAAGAAAGCCGUCCUUUCCUCUAUCAAUUUAGUUUAUAUGCGCAAAGAAAUGAAUAAAUGUGUGCGGAUCUUGCCGUACAAUUAUGCCA